AAGGCUCCAACAUCGAAAAAGAUGGUACCAACGAUGAAAACAUACAUAAAAAAGAAGAGCAAAAAAAUAAAGAAAAAGAAAAAGAAUCGAAGAAAAAUACUGAAAAAGAAGAAAACAAAAGAAAGAAAAUGAAAAGAAAAGAAAAAGAAAAGAAACAAAGAGAAAAAAAACAAGAAAAAGAAAUAAAGAAAAAGAAAGAAAUAGAAAAAAUAAGAAAUAAACAAAAAGAACUAAAAAAAAUGAUAAAGAAGGAAGAAAAAAAACAAAGGAAAAAGACAAAAAAAUGA